CAGCGGAGCGCUGGAGACCAGUGGGUAGCGGACCCUUCACCUUCUUUAGGGGAGGCCAUGGACUCCCUAGUCGAGCCCCGGUGGCCUCCGGGCCUGGCAGUCAUGAAGACAAUAGAUGAUUUGCUGCGCUGUGGAAUUUGCUUUGAAUAUUUCAACAUUGCAAUGAUGAUUCCUCAGUGUUCACAUAACUACUGUUCUCUUUGCAUAAGAAAAUUUCUGUCCUAUAAAACACAGUGUCCAACUUGCUGUGUGACAGUCACAGAGCCGGACCUGAAAAAUAACCGCGUAUUAGAUGAACUGGUAAAAAGCUUGAAUUUUGCACGGAAUCAUCUGUUGCAGUUUGCCUUAGAGUCACCACCCAUCUCUUCUGCUUCCUCCUCUUCAAAGAACCUUGCUGCCAAAGUGCACACUUCUGUAGCCUUCAGACAUUCAUUAAAGCAAGGAAGCAGGCUAAUGGAGAACUUCUUGAUUAGAGAAGCUGGUGGUUCUGUGUCAGAGUUGUUGAUAAAAGAGAAUGAAAGCAAAUUCAGCCCUCAGAAAGAGCUGAGCUCUUCUGCAAAGACCAGAGGGACACCUUCCGUAGAAAAGUCAGCUCCAGGUUUCUCAGAGGCUAGUGUUCCUGAGACACCCUCUACAUCGACCUUGAAAGAAGUUACUAAAGUGGAUUGUCCUGUUUGUGGGGUUCAUAUUCCAGAAAAUCACAUUAAUAAGCACUUAGACAGCUGUUUAUCACGUGAAGAGAAGAAAGAAAGCCUCAGAAGCUCUGUUCACAAGAGGAAGCCACUGCCUAAAACUGUAUAUAACUUGCUGUCAGAUAGAGAUUUAAAGAAAAAGCUAAAACAGCAUGGAUUAUCUGUUCAAGGAAAUAAACAACAGCUCAUUAAAAGGCACCAAGAAUUUGUACACAUGUACAAUGCCCAGUGUGAUGCUUUGCAUCCUAAAUCAGCUGCUGAAAUAGUUCAAGAAAUUGAAAAUAUGGAGAAGACUAGGAUGCGUCUUGAAGCUAGUAAACUCAACGAAAGCAUAAUGGUUUUUACAAAGGACCAAACAGAAAAGGAAAUAGAUGAAAUUCACAGUAACUAUCGACAGGAAGAUAAUAAAAUGAAAUUCUCAGAUAUACCCUCGGUAACAAACCACUUCCCUCAGUCAAAGCUGGACUCCCCAGGGAAACUAGAGCCUGACAGACCAGAUGAUUCUUCCAGUUGUACUGAUAUUCAAGAGGAAGCUCUUUCUUCACCAGAGUCAGAUUCAUGCAAUAGUUCCAGUUCAGACAUCAUAAGAGAUCUUCUAGAAGAAGAGGAAGCCUGGGAAGCAUCACAUAAAUAUGAUCUUCAAGACGCAGAAAUAAAUUCCAGACAGAAUCGUCGCAUGAGGUCAGCUGAAAGUGCUGAGCUCGAGCCAAGAAAUAAGCGGAACAGGAAUUAGUGUGGGUUUGUUGACUUUCCCAGUGCAGUCAUCAGAAGAUGGUACUUUUGUUGCCAUGGUGAUUUCAUAUUCAUAAAUGCCCAGUGAAGAUGUUACAUUCUAAAUAUUAUGUUUAACUGAUUUUUAUUCUUUUCUGCCUUUCCAGGAAAAAAAAAAAAAACUUAAGAAAGCAUCCUCACUUGGUCAGUUACCUCCUGCCCCUAAAACAUCUCUCUCUAAAAAUACUGGCAUCCACACAUUCACCAGCUUUGCAGAGGACAGAGACUUUUUGGCAAAAGGGUUUUGUUUGAUUUUGUUUCUAAAUUUCAGACUGUCCUUAAGCCAUUCUCCUCUUCCAUGGAGAAGCCAACUUCAGAAAAGGAUCCUUUAUCCCCUCUACCACAAGGAGCGGUUGAGGCAUUCAGAGCCACUGUGUUUCUGGAAAGGUAGAAUGUCCUAACUCAAGUCCUCCGUGAGUGUGAGCACGCGAGGCCUGGAGGCCGGUGCGCGUGUUACAGCUGUUUCAGGAUGGUUGUUGCCCGAGUUUCAUGUGGUUGUUGGUUAGACCUGUGUCUUACACUUUACUUGGAGUAGGAUGUUAGUACUGUAGCCUAAAGGCACAAAACAGUAACUUUGAAACAUUAGGCAUAUUCUCCAGAAAUGGCCCUUACAAAUGAUUCCUUCAUCUUUUUUUUCACUUGGGUAAAUCAAAUCUUUAACACUUUGAAUCCCAGCUAUUAAAUGGAAAGAAUGCAAUAAGUGAAUUUUGUCACUGAAUAGACUCUAUAUCAAUUUAAAAUAAAGUCCUUGAAACAG